AUAGCAACCAGAGCCGGGCUUCCUCCACAAGUUUCACCCGGAGCUGAGCUCGGGUUCUGUGUUUUACUCUCACAUAAACACGCGCUGCUUUCUUUAGGACCAACUUAUUUGAGGAACGAGGCAGAGAAAGUUCCUCUGAAUCCAGUUUAAAGUCGCCUUUAUGUCUGAAAGGGAAACUGUAGCCGCAACAGCGCCGCUUCUCCUCCGCACACGUCUCCAGUGUCAUGAAACUUAAUCCACUCCAGGCUCCAUUAUAUGGCAGUUGUGUGCUAACAGUUCAACUCAGCGAUGAGGAGCUCAGUGAAGCAGGAGGCAUCAGGGAAGAUGCAGAAUUGUUCCUGGUGUUUACUGGAUCUACUCAGAGAUACCUCAGCAGCACCCUGAGGGUUAGCCAUGACACUCUGCAGGCGGUGUGUCCAGCUCAUGACUGCUGUGAGUCAGUUGUGGUCACUGUGUGCGGUGCAGACCCCGACGGCCUUGUUCAUCAGCUCGCCUCAGAGCGCAUGUGCUUCGUCCAGGACUUGGCCUUCGACAUGGCCCAGUUCCUGGUGGGAGCUGUGGGCCGGGCUGACAUGCUAGAGGGAGCUCUGCUGCUGGACGAGCAUCAGAUCCCCCUGCAGGAGUGUGAGAAGAUGGAUCAGAACCUGGCCCUCGCUCUUUCACACCUCAUACUGCCACCUGGCUGGAGCAUCCUGGGCAACUGUAUCGCCCCGGAACCUCAGGAGACUCUCCUGCACUUGGCUGCUCGGCGUGGGCUCCAGAGAGUGGCUCGAUUCCUUUUGCAGCAGCCUGGAGCUCAGCAGGCGUUGGCCCUUCCCAACAAACAGGGGGACACCCCAGCUAGCUUGGCCGACAGCCGAGGACACAGCGCCAUGCUGGAGCUUUUUACACAGGUGGAGACUGGCACUCAGGAUAGUACAGAGACACACAGACAGAUCCCCUCUGGUGCUGGUGUGGUGCAGCACCACCCUUGUCUGAACACUUACACCCUGGCAUUGGGCACCCAGCCGGGCACUGCUCCAUGCAGCCUGCAGGCAGAUUUACAAGACUUUCGCUGCCUGAUGCAGAGGAAGAUUCAGGGAGGAGCUACACUUCAGCUGCAGCAACCCGAGUCUCCGCACACCACCGGAGAAUGUGCAGACAACCCAGAGACGGGACAGGCCUGUUUUGAACAGCCACAACACGACUCUCUCGAUUCCAAAGAGCAAGGGUCUACUCCUGUGUGUGUCAAAGGAAACAAAACCGAGCAGGGUGACUGCUGCUGCUGCCCAGGUCCUCUCCGGUGUAGGGAGAGCUACAGCGAUCCUGCACCUCCCUCGGACAAUAGCAAUGAUGACGAGAAGCGGGUGUGUACUUGUGAAAACACUGAGGCAGAUUACGGAGUGCAAGCAGAAAGCACAGUUGCUUGCAUAGUAGAGGGCUUGAGGAAGGAGGGAGAUAGUGGUGACUGCUUACAGAGCGAAUUUGGGAGGGAAAGCGCAGCCCACCAAACCUCAUCCUGUGGAAAGGAGGGAGUGGAAACUGAUAGAGCUCGGGAAUCGAUCUGUGAGGCACAGGGCUCUGCUGAGGGGCCUGAAAAGGGGGUCCAUGCUGAGAAGUGCAGCCCUGAGAGGCCAGAGCAGGACCAGCUUCAGGAUCAGGAGGAAGAGCAAUCAGAACACAAGGAAACAGCAACAGGAGAUAUGGGGAUCACUCAAUCUUUGGACACACCUGAAAGCUCAGAUGUGGAAUCGUGCUCCCAGGGAGUAGAAAGUGACGAAGAGAAAGAAAAAGAUUUGGAGAAUGUGUGCUUGGGUUCUUUGGAAAUGGAAGAGAGUUUUAAGGAAACAUCUAAGGAGGAACCAGAUGACCUAAAACCAGCAAUAGAUCAAGGACCAAUUACCUCAUGUGAAAAAAUAGAUGGCCAAGGCUCAAGUGAGCCUGAGCUAGGGGAUGCAUGUGGCUGCACAUGUCUAUCCUCUGCAGGUACAGCAGAUACCCAAGUGCAAACCUUGGAAGACACUGAAAUCAAUGCCAGUCAAGUCUCCUGUGAGCAGAAGACAGUUGACAACCAAGACCUUAGAACUGAGGAACAAGGACAAGAAGGACCUACACAAGACAAAACUGAAUAUCUGCAAGACGUUACCCCAGUUACUGUAUGUUCUACGGGUGAAAUGGUAAUCAAACAGUGUCAAGAACAAGAAUCAGAUGCAUCCUGCCACCAUGAAGCUACCUCUGAUGAUCGUACAGAGGACACUUGCGAAGAGAAUGGAACUCUUGAAAACCCUGAGGCACCUUUAGACACAUCAGAGAAUAUUGAAGGUGAAAGAAUGUGUCAAUCUUUCUUUGAAGUAGAUGGUGCUUCUUCAGUGACACUUAACAAUGCCUCUGAAGACAACUUUCACUUGCCUGAGGGUGAAACGGAAACAGACAAUCAAGAGCCAGUAGCCUCAGGGGAGCCAUACCCAGAGGAGUCAAGCGCCACAGUGACAGGAAACGAGAGUGCUGGACAAAGUUUGGGAAGCUCCAGUGAGGUCUUGCAGCCUGAAAUAGAUUCAGAACUAGAACCUCAGUCUCUAACCCCAAGCAGUGAAGACACCUUAGAACCAGAGGAAACCGACUGCUGUAGCACUAGUGAAGUGGUACAAGGACUUUCUGGCAAGGACCCUCAAGAAAGUGUAGAGUUAGGGACCUUCGCAGAGGCACUUCUGCCAAUGUCCCAGGAGUCUCGGGUAACUUUACCAAAAGGCACAGAGAACGAGAGUUCAUUAGAGAGUCAUGACUCUUUAGAAGGCCAACAGAGGAUACAGGAUAUCACCUUGCAAAAUGGACUUGUCCAGCUGACACAAGAGAUGGAUCUUCUUCCUCCUCCAGUAGAGAACAGUGACAGCGUUCCAGAAGAGGGAUCAGCUUCUCAAACCUCUGCAGUUGACCAGCCAGUAGAUGAAGAAGCAGUGAAAGUGGGUGACUCUAGAACUCAAGGAAACUGCUGUCAAACUCCAGAGAAUAAUGAAAGACUCCUUGAACAGGAACAAGAAGAUGGAAAUGUCUCUCAAAACCCCAUCAUUGGUCACCAGUCAGAAGAAGGAGAGGUACUGGGUGACACCACAAUCACUCAAAGCAGCCCGAGGACAAUUACAGAGGAUCAACUCAAGUUAUGUUUGGACCAGAGUGACUCUGUGGGUGGUGUUUUGUCUACCUCCAAUGCAACUGAUACGGUAGACUCUUCAUUUUUACUUCAAGAGCAGUUGAGUGGGACUGAGCUCAGAAGUGAGGAUAGUUCUAACCCAGCAGUGGUGGACUCGGGUUCUGUGGAUAUAGAAUCGACCGAGGCACGAGAAAUGCAGGAAACGGAGGCUGAACCCUGUGAUGAUACAGAUAACAGUGCUCUUCAGAAAGAUGUCACAGAUACCACAGAUGCCUCUUUGGAAGAUCAGGUGGACUGUCAAGCCGUAAUAGACCCUGAUGUAAAUGCAGAUAAGGAUGUUUCUAUGAUUCACAGAGAAAGAGACGCUCUCUGUCUUGACAGUUCCCAGGCCUCUCUGUGCAACAGGGCUGUAGAGAAGCGACAGAGCUCAGAGUCUACAGAAAGUCCACUUUCUCAAGUCCGACACAGCACAGGCAGCACAACUCUGCGAGACUCCGGCAGUGAUACAGAUGGCUUCAUCAGCACAGACACGGGAGAUGACAACGUCUUCAGAAAGGCAGAGGAGGCGCUAGGCCGUGGCGACAGCACUAGCGAGGCUUCCAUCUCCUGCUCCUCCACAGACGACACAGCCAGCCUGGGCCACCCCAGCUCCUCCGCAGAGAGCUCUGAGGAGGUACGGCGUGGGGGAGGAGGAAGUGUAGGGGGAGGCGCAGGAGGAGAGGCAGAAGAAGAGGCCAAAGACCGGUUGACGGAGGUUCCUCUGCGUUCCUCUCUGCUCCACUCCACUGUGCGCUCACUCUCUCCUUUCCGUCGUCACAGCUGGGGGCCAGGCAAGAUCCAGGGAACAGAAGGAGACAUGAAUCAGCGCAGCUCUGUUCGGAGUGUUGGGGAUCACAAACCUGUCUUACACAGAAGAAGUCUUAGCUGGUGUCCCACUCAACCCCACUCCAAAUCUGACCUGGAUGAGAUUAGUCAGCUCUUCAGUUACAGCUUGGAGGGUCUUGCAGCAGAUGAUGGGAAAGGGUGGCAUCCUCAGAGGGGAGGCUCUUCUCAGGGCCAGCGGGGAGUCAACCGACAGCAGAGUGACGACAAGGGCUCACAGUUGUCGCUCAAUGAGGCACUGGAGUCUGACCUGGGAGACCACAGCAGUCUGGACAGUCAGAAAUCAAAGAAAUAUCGUCCGCUGAGACGCAGCUGUCCAUCUAUGACCCUCCCCCUCCGACAGUCUGUAUCUAUGUUAUCCAUCAGUCAGAGAGACAUAGAUGCAGUAGGAAGAAUUCGGCGAAAGAGACGAAUCUCUUUUGCUUUCAACAUCUCUCCAAUGCGCCAAAAAUAUAAAACCGAUUUUGCCAUCAGCUCCUCAUCAAGUGAUGAUGAGGACUCCAUAAGUAUGAGGUCAUAUUCUAGUACUUCAAGUUCUCUGGGAUACAGUAUCACAGAAGAAGAGCCUGGCCAUUUAAGAGGAGAUUUUGAAGGAAAAAGUGGGACCAAAAUGAGCCGAACCAUUAGUUACCUGAAGAAUAAAAUGUACAAGAAAACCAGGGAAAAAGAUAAAGAGAAGAAAGGGGAAAAAGAAAAAGAUGCCAAGGACAAGGAGAAGAAGACCGUAAACGGGCAUCUGUUCAGCUCUAUGUCCUUUGUCCAUUCAGCUUUGUGUCAGCACUGCAACAAGGCUCUAAAUGCUAAAGAUGCCGUCAGCUGCACAAGCUGCAGUGUGUGUGUUCACAAGAGCUGCAGAGACAACAUUCCUGCAUGUACCAAAGGAAAGUUUCAAAAACAGCAGCUUGCCAUACCAGAGUCAACCACCAUGCCUGGAGUCACUUUAAGAGCAAAGACUUCUGCACCCAAGGAAAGGCCUUGGUCAGCUAUCUUGUCUCCAGACGACCAUUCCUUGAUUGCUCCACGGAGACACACGAGCAUCAUGCCUUUCAACAGCAGCAACCUGUCCAAAAGCAUGUCCAUCAGCAACAUUGCUGUAUUUGAUGAGAUGUCCAUAAAGGGCCUGAGAUAUCUGUCCCAGUCCACCGACUCUUUACACAAAGCCAACAAGGUCAACGAGUCCACCGAGUCCCUGAUAGAUGAAGGAACAGAGAUGAUUGACGGCCAGCUGAUGGGAGAUUUCGAGGCGGAUGCUAAAGAGCUGGAGGCCGACUCCUGGAGCUUCACCAUGGAUAAGAAAUACCUGAACCAGCUGAAGAAGGAUGACGUUAAGAGACAAGAUGUCAUUUACGAGCUGAUCCAGACUGAAAUGCACCACGUUAGGACUCUACGGAUAAUGUCGGAUGUAUACAGCAAGGGACUGAUGAAGGAGGUACAGCUGGAGUCACAGACAGUAGAGAAGGUAUUCCCCAUGCUGGAAGAGCUGCUGGACCUUCACACAGGCUUCUUUAGCAGCCUCCUGGAGAGGAAGAAAGAGGUCAAGCUGGAAGAAACAGAUGGCUUUGUAAUCAGCAGGAUUGGGGAUAUCUUAGUAAAUCAGUUCUCAGGGCCUAAAGCAGACAUUAUGAAGAAAGUCUAUGGCAAGUUUUGCAGCCGACACAAUGAAGCCGUUAACUUCUACAAGGAGCUCCAUGCCAAAGACAAACGCUUCCAGGCUUUUAUAAAGAAAAAGAUGAGCAGCAGCAUUGUCCGGCGGAUGGGCAUCCCAGAGUGCAUAUUAUUAGUCACACAGCGAAUAACAAAGUACCCGGUCCUGAUGCAGAGAAUCCUACAGCACACUAAAGAGAAUGAAGAGGACUAUGAGGACCUAAGCCAAGCUCUGCAACUCGUCAAAGAGGUAAUAGCUGCCGUGGACAGUAAAGUGAAUGAGCAUGAGAAGAAGAGGCGACUGAAGGAGAUCUAUAACCGGACAGAUGGCAAGUCCAUUAUGCGCAUGAAGAGUGGUCAGAUGUUUGCUCGGGAAGACCUCAUACGAAGCAGGAAGCUCCUCCAUGAUGGCCCUCUUCAGCUUAAAAACACUGCAGGCAGGCUGAAAGAUGUUCAAGCCUUGCUUCUCUCUGAUGUUCUGGUGUUCCUGCAAGAGAAGGACCAAAAAUAUGUCUUUGCCUCUCUGGACCAGCGUGCCACAGUAAUCUCCUUGCAGAAGCUGAUAGUGAGGGAGGUGGCCAACGAGGACCGCGGCCUCUUCCUCAUCACAGCGGGCAUCAAGCAGCCCGAGAUGGUGGAGGUUCACGCCAGUUCUCGAGAGGAGCGCAACACUUGGAUGCAGCUCAUCCAGGACGCCAUGCACUCCAUAGAAAAGGAUGAUGAUGAAGGGAUCCCCAGUGAGACAGAGGAGGAUAAAAAGCUGCUGGAGUCCAAAGCCAGAGAGAUGAGAGACAUGCUCCAGAGAAAAGAUGAUCAAAUUCUGUCUCUCCUUCAAGAGAAGAUGAAGCUGUUCCACGACAUGUGUGAAUGUUCCUCCCCUGAUGAGAUGAUGCUGUUCAGGGCCACAAGCGACAGUGUGCCCAAAGGGCAGUCCAUCAUGAAGGAAGCCAUUAAAGAAGUGGAGAUGUUGCAGACGCUCAUCAACAGCAGCCUGGGAGGGGCCGUGGGCCAGCAGGUGGUCAGCGCUCCGAGCAGCAUGGUGUCCGUGUGUUUGCCUCGCAGAGCUGAAACCUUCGGGGGCUUCGACAGUCACCAGAUGAACAUCUCCAAACAUGGAGAGAAGGAAGAAAGUGAGGAUUUGAGGAGGACUGAGUCUGACGGUGUUCUGAAGAAGGGGGGAAACACCAACCUACUGCUGCUGCUGAAGAGGAACAGUGAGCAGGUCCUGGAUAGUGUUACUCACCUCCAUGAUCUCCUCAGCUCACUGCAGGCUGUUGUUGUCCAGCAGGACACCGUCGUCGAGGACCAGCGGCAGGCCCUGAGCGAGCGCCCCUCUUCCCGCCCCUCGUCUCGACCGCCGUCUCUUGUGGAGCAGGAGAAGCAGCGCAGUCUGGAGCGUCACAGGCAGGAGACGGCCGCGCUGCAGCGUCAGCAAGCCGCACACGCAGAGGAGAGGAGACGCCGGGAGAAGGAGUGGGAGCAUAGGGAGAAGGAGCUGAUGGACCGGGAGUCACUGCUCAAUGUUAAGGAAGAAGAGUCACAGAGGAGGCGGAGGGAGCUAGAGGAUGUGCGGAAGGAGCUGCAGGCCAGGAAGGAGGACUACCAGAAAGACCUGGAGAGGCUGAGGGACUCUCAGAGGAAACUGGAGAGAGAGAAGGAGCAGAUGCAGAGGGAGAUGGAAACGCUGGAGUAUAUCAGGGAGACCGAGAAGCGUGUGAACAGGACGCCCUCCAGCACUUCGGAGGAUUCGCUGAACAUCCAGAGCAGUAGCUCAGUGGAGCGAGACCUGGGGGAGGCCGAGCUGUCAGCGAGCCCCAGGAAAAACUCCCUCUCCAGGAUGGACUCCAAACACAAAGGCCGCAACCUCAACCCCUUCUCCCUGGGGCCCAAAGUGAGCGCAGAUGGACAGAAGCAGGUCCAGAACCGCCUGCUCCAGCUAGCUAAGGCCAAGGACAAGAAAGACAAGAAGAAGAAGAAGAGCAAGAGCAAGCCCUCUCAGGAAGCAGAGUCCCAUCUGCUGCCGCUGACGGAGCCUCCGCUGGAUGGAGAGAUUUUCUUCUGCUGACUUGGCCCUCACUUUCAACCAGCUCACAUGUUUCCCCACUUCCUCCAAGCUAUCUGCACCAGCUGAAUGUAACUCCAAGCAGGAUGCCUGCCAAAGUGCCCCGCGCCACGCCACGGUCCCUGGCACCUAGUGCCACUCUAAUUGGGGUCAGUUUGCCCUGAAACCUCUCCACACACGUCCUGUUUAGAGAAAAGAGAGUGGCACUCAUUUACCAAUGUUAGCAACUGAAACUGGACAGACUUCACCAGUCUGACCUCACUGUGACCCAGUUCACACCUGACAUUAACAUGCAUCCUGGGUGAUCUGAUCAUGAGUGGUAUUGUGGACACAUCAUAACCUGAUCACUUACACUAUAUUCAGAGGAAGUCAAAGCAUGACUACAUUACUAUCAAUGUAGUGUGAACACAUCUCAAUGUGUUUCCAACAAACUGUGUAACUGCCACUGCCAGAACAUACGUAAUAACACAAUCACACCGUCCGGAGGGGUUAGCUGAGCGCACUACAAUAACAAUUUAAUAUAUAAAGGUAAUACUCAUUGCUAGGAGCCUCAUCCUCAAGAUAAAACUGUGAGAAAUCCAGAGUGAGGCACACUUAAAAUGCCAGCUGUGAACAGGUAUGCAGUUUUGCAAUCUUAUAAUUUGUUAUUGGAUCACCCAGAAUUCAUACUACUGCCAGGUGUGAACUAUGCCUCAGUCACUCUGUUCUCUUACCUCGUUCUCUAGGAAUGGUCUGUUCUGUCUUAAAGGGUCCAAUUCAUAGCAGUUACCUAGAACAAAAGAGUACAGCAGGCCGUUUAGCUUUUAAAUAGAGGGUUCUUUAAGAACUCUGUCCUACAACUUUCAGUUAAAAACACCGAGCACUUUACAGAACUCAGUACUAAUAUGAUCAUGGUCGCCACAAUGACAAUCGGUGCAAUUGGUUUCUGAACCUGAGAAGGACUUUUUUCUAGGAGAUUCUGAGUUUCAGUUAGACUUUAAGAAUUAUUUCAUAAGUGAUUCUAAAAAUCUACCCAUCAAACAUGUUUGUGUUCUCAACAUUAAAUGUAAUUAAUAAAUAUAGCAAGUAAAAUUAAACAAUUGCUAAAACUGUAAAUAUUUAGUCUUAAAUAUUUAGUAAAACUAC